AUGGCAGCAGAGAAUGAUACAGAAAGUUCCCAGUUUAUUCUCCUGGGAUUCUCCAAGGACCCAGAGCUACAGCCACUCAUUUAUGUAAUGUUCUUGACCAUGUGCCUGACAACGGUGCUAGGAAACUUGCUCAUCAUCAUGGCCACCAGCUCUGACCCCCACCUCCACACCCCCAUGUACUUCUUCCUUGCCAACCUGUCCUUGAAUGAUAUCUGCUAUGUCUUCACUACUGUCCCCAAGAUGCUGGUGAAUAUUCAGACACAGAGAAAAGAGAUAAGCUUUGAAGGCUGCAUGUCCCAGAUAUUCUUUUUCGUUCUCUUCGCCAGCCUAGAUGACUUUCUCCUGACUGUCAUGGCUUAUGACCGCUUUGUGGCCAUCUGCCACCCCCUGCACUACAUGGUCAUCAUGAACCCUCAGCUCUGUGGACUGCUGCUUUUGGGAUGCUGGGUUCUGAGUGUCCUGAAUUCUUCCCUUGAAAUCCUAGUGGUGAUGCGUCUGUCCUUCUGCACCGAGGUGGAGAUCCCCCACUUCUUCUGUGAACUUAAUACAGUGGUGAAACUUGCCUGCUCAGACACUUUUCUGAACAACGUGGUCAUGUAUAGUGCUACCCUCCUACUUGAUGGGGGUCCUCUACUUGGCAUUAUUUACUCCUACUAUAAGAUUGCCUCCUCCAUCCGUGGCAUCUCAUCAGCUCAGGGCAAGUAUAAAGCCUUUUUCACCUGCGCCUCUCACCUCUCUGUGGUAGCCUUGUUUUAUUUUACAGGCAUAGGGGUGUACCUGAGUUCAGCAGCUAGUGAAAGGUCCAACGCAAGUACCAUUGCCUCCGUGUUGUACACAGUGAUCACCCCCAUGCUGAACCCCUUCAUCUACAGCCUCAGGAACAAAGACAUAAAGAGGGCUCUGACACUCUUUUUUGUGUAA